AUGACACCAGUUAAAGAGUUCACGGGGCAUACUAAAGGUGUAAUUGUGAUGGCGUGGUGUCCCAUUGACAGUUCUUAUUUGAUUACCUGUGCCAAAGAUAGUCAAACUAUUCGUUGGGAUACCAUUGUUUCUGAACUGCCUACUGUUACCAACUGGAAUUUUGAUGUACACUGGUAUCCAAAGAUACCUGGGGUUAUAUCAGCAUCUUCAUUUGAUGGAAAAAUUGGAAUUUAUAACAUUGAGGCUUUUUACAAGUUUCGAUAUGGCGUUGGAGAGAAUGAGUUUGGUGCAGCUCCUCUGAGAGCUCCAAAAUGGUAUAAACGUCCUGCUGGGGCAUCUUUUGGCUUUGGUGGCAAGCUUGUUUAUGUCCACACCUUAGUUACUGAAGACAGUUUGGUCAGUCGAUCGUCUGAAUUUGAAGCUGCAAUUCAAAAUGGGGAAAGGUCUUUGUUGAGAGUACUUUGUGAGAAAAAGUCACAAGAGACUGAAUCUGAGGAUGACCGAGAAACAUGGAACUUCUUGAAGGUUAUGUUUGAAGAUGAUGGGACAGCAAGGACAGAGCUGCCUCCUACCUGGGUUUCAGUGUACCUACUAAAGAGAAAGAUAGUGUCAAAGAUCUUUCCCAGGAACCCAGCUGGAAUGCCUGUGUCUACCUCUCGUGGUGAAAACUUUGCUAUUGGAGAUACUGCCCCUGAUUCAGAACAAUUGCAACAAGAACCAGAUGGAUUUGAGGAAAGCACUGACCCAGCAUUUGAUGAUGUUGUCCAAAAUGCUUUAAUUGUUGGAGAUUACGAGGGGGCAGUUGCACAGUGCAUAUCUGCAAAUAAAAUGGCUGAUGCUUUAGUUAUUGCUAAUGUUGGUGGUGCAUCCUUGUGGGAGAGCACACGGGAUCAAUGCUUUAAGAUUAGCCGAUCACCUUACCUAAAGGUUGUUUCUGCAAUGCUGAACAAUGAUCUCUUGAGCCUUGUAAAUACAAGGCCACUGAAAUUCUGGAAAGAAACACUUGCUCUUCUCUGUAGUGAUUUGAUGGAAAAGACUAUUGUCCUUGCCUUGGCAACUGGGCAGAAGCGAUUUAGUGCAUCUUUGUGUAAGCUUGUUGAAAAAUAUGCUGAAAUUUUAGCAAGUCAAGGGCUUUUAACAACAGCAAUGGACUACCUUAAACUUUUGGGCUCUGAUGAAUUGUCAUCUGAACUUGUGAUCUUAAGGGAUCGAAUUGCACUUGCUACAGAACCUGGUAUGUGA